UUACAGCAACAAGUUAUUAAACAACCUUUGUAAUAGGAAAAAAGCCUGGUUAGAGAGCAUCAGUCCCGGCAAGACAAGAAGAAACCUGUAACAUAAACAAACUCCAAACCAUCAAAACAAGGAACCACGGUAACAAAGGCACAAACCCAAAUCCCCUCAAAGUCCUCAACCCAUUCUUUUCUUCUUUUUAUUUUUUUGUCAAAACCAAAAGCCCUUUUUCCUUUUUCUCUCAUGAUUCUGUUCUGAAAAUCAAACGGGAAGCUUCAAUCAAAACUGAAUUAUGGGUUGUUGUCAAUCAUCUUGUCUAACAGAGACCCACCCAGAAAAUGACCAGAGUCGGCAACAGCAACAGGAGCACCGGAACCAUAGCCAAGCAGUUUCAGGUGCUGGACCCGACCCAGCUGUUGCUAAUGGAGUCCCUUCUUUCUCUGAGUUCUCCUUGGCUGACCUCAAAGCUGCCACCAAUAAUUUCAGUUCAGAUAACAUAGUUUCUGAAAGUGGGGAAAAAGCUCCUAACCUUGUUUACAAAGGUCGUUUACAGAACAGGAAAUGGAUCGCUGUUAAGAAGUUUACUAAGAUGGCUUGGCCUGACUCCAAACAGUUUGUGGAGGAAGCAUGUGGAGUGGGAAAGUUGAGACACAGGAGGCUGGCCAAUUUGAUAGGGUAUUGCUGUGAUGGAGAUGAAAGGCUGCUUGUUGCUGAGUAUAUGAUCAAUGACACUCUUGCUAAGCAUUUGUUUCAUUGGGAAAAUCAAACCAUCGAGUGGGCAAUGCGUUUAAGAGUAGCUACGUGCAUUGCUGAAGCUUUAGAUUAUUGUAGUAGUGAGGGCCAUCCAUUAUACCAUGAUCUAAAUGCUUACAGGGUUCUUUUUGAUGAGGAUGGUGAUCCACGUCUUUCAUGUUUCGGACUGAUGAAAAAUAGCCGGGAUGGGAAAAGUUAUAGCACUAAUCUUGCCUACACACCUCCUGAGUAUCUAAGAAAUGGGAGAGUCACCCCAGAAAGUGUUAUUUACAGCUUUGGCACUGUUCUUGUUGAUUUGCUUAGUGGAAAGCACAUCCCUCCUAGUCAUGCGCUUGAUAUGAUACGAGGUAAAAACAUCGUUCUCCUCAUGGAUUCACAUUUAGAGGGAAAAUUUUCUAUGGAGGAGGCAACUGUGGUUGUUGGCCUUGCCUCUCAAUGCUUGCAAUAUGAACCCAGGGAGCGGCCCAGUAUGAAGGAUCUUGUUGCCACACUUGCUCCAUUGCACACCAAACCUGAUGUUCCAUCUUAUGUUAUGCUUGGAAUCUCAAAAUAUGAGGAAGCUCCACCAACUCCACAGCGUCCUCUUUCACCAAUGGGUGAGGCCUGUUCACGGCUUGACCUUACUGCAAUUCAUCAGAUAUUGGUGAUGAAUCACUACAAGGAUGACGAAGGGACAAAUGAGUUAUCUUUCCAAGAGUGGACCCAGCAGAUGAGAGAUAUGCUUGAGGCUAGGAAGCGUGGGGACUAUGCAUUCCGUGAUAAAGAUUUUAAAACCGCCAUUGACUGUUAUUCCCAGUUCAUAGAUGUCGGAACCAUGGUCUCCCCAACUGUUUUUGCUCGACGCAGCCUGUGCUAUCUAUUUUGCGAUCAACCAGAUGCUGCCCUUGCAGAUGCAAUGCAGGCACAAAUUGUGAAUCCCGAGUGGCCGACUGCCUUCUAUAUGCAGUCAGUUGCUCUUGCCAAACUAGACAUGCAUAAAGACGCUGCAGACAUGUUGAACGAAGCUGCUGGACUUGAAGAAAAGAAGCAACGGGUCGUUAAGGGAUCGUGAGAACAAAAACAUAGUGUUUGAUUCUACAUUCCUGUACCAUUUUCUUGUUGAGGCUGCCAAAAGUUUGUGUAAAAAUCUGAGUUUGAAAUUGAAUUUCAAAUUGGAAGUGUACGAAAUAGGAAAGAAUGUGUAUUUUUUCCCCAUUUGUGAUGAUGUGUACCUGCCCUUCAUGUUUGCAAAUAUAUGCUAUGCUUAACUCAAUAA